GAGAAGACGCACGUGAAGGCAGCACAGUUAGAGGAAGAAGGGGCUGCUGUUCUCAGCUACGUGAACAGGACGCUCCGGAGCUUCGGUGCAACGUGUGGUAAAGACCCCACAAUUGGUCCUUUGUCUUGUUGUGACUGUGAAGCAGGGUUGGGACGGCUACUUUAACACCUCCGCUGACCAAACAGUCAGCAGUGGACGCUGGGAUACCGAAGUGAGGGAUGAUUGGAAAAGGAAGCACGGCUUGGUGGAUCAUACUGAUACCGAAUUAACGAGAAGGUCCCAAAGGAGUGUAAAAAGCAUUGGGCUCCUGUAUUCCUUAACUCAGCAACAUGGAGAGGCCACUGGACAGAAAUCUCUGGCACAGCCUUACAGCUCCUUCAAGUUGAGAGGAACUUCCUACAUUUCCUCUGUCCAAUGGAAGUCAAGGGAGGCAGCCAGCGAUGGAGGAUGCAUCUCCCAGAGUUUAAACAAAGCAGAAGAUGCUCAAGUCCGACUGCAAAAGACAGUGAAAGAGGCAAGACACAGAGAGACAGAGGAGGGCCAUACAAAAGUGUUUCUCUGGCGCCUACCUCCAGGUACCUGACAGACAGACAGUAUGUGAUGAGAAAGCCUCUGUUUUCUGCUGAACAACACACAUCUAUCUUAAAGAAGACACAUCCACAGAAGCACACAUAUGAGGAGAAACAUUCAGGUGUUAGCAGAGCAGAACACACUGAUAUGAACUUCUUGACCAGGCCAAGAGAGAAACCGACCCCACCAAACCUCAGCCUCUCUUACAUCUCAUCACCCUCAGCCUUUAGAGAAGACCACAGCUCUCAGGGUGUCUCAGAGCUCAAGGGCAGGCUGUACUAUGAAGAACCCACUUUUAGGUCACCUUUCUCUGCCAGUAGAUCAGCCCAGCGGAACUCCAUCCUGGAGGUCCAGAGACUAAACCCUCCUUUGAGACCACAACUGACCUCUACUGUCCUGAAUCCUACCUACACUGCUCGCUCAGGAUACUCAAGGCCAGGUCAGAUUGAGGGGAGAGGUCAGGGAGAGGGCAAACUAUACUCUUCUGGAGGACGUUCAAAAGGAGACCCCAUGUCUCCCUAUCAGACAAACUACUGGGCCUGUGCCAUCCCUAAAACUUUGCCUCCAUCUCCAGACAGGCACUCAGCAGACUGGGACCCAAACAGGGAGUACCAGACUUUGCUGGACUACACCUACCCACUGAGACCAAGACAGGUGGUCAGUGGGUGCGAGAGCUCUGAGUUCCAAGGAGACUCUCUUCUGCAAACAGACCUGCAGGACUCAGGGAUUGGACUGGACCACCUUUGUAGCUCCACCAACCUGUCAGGGUUGUACUUUCCUGUGAACAGUGCAGGGCAGACCAGAGAAAGAAGUCCUCUUGGUGCAGGACAUAGGUCACCUGACCUGCUGGGGUUUACGAGAUCCUCAGAUGGUCUGCCCUCUGAUACCCAACUCUCCCUAACAGACCCUGUGGAUUUGACCUUGACCAGUUUGGACUGCACUAAGGACAGAGGUGGACUGAAUUGUUACAAGAGUGAUUAUGGUCAUCAUCAUCAGCACCAUGCACUAUCCUCCUUCACCUCCACUGCUUUCAUCCGCUCCACCAGUGUCCUUCCUCAGCACAGAUAUGUAUGCAGGGAGGUGGAUGAGGAGUUCUGGCCUCUUCCAGAGCAGCUGGAGGAGCUGCAGCUGCUGUCCAGACAGGUAAGGGAGGUGACAGCCCAACUGAGCCGGCCUGUCACAGCCAGCUGGGAGUCCCUGGAGCCAGGCACCACCUCCAUCCUCUCCUCCAUCACCCUGCCUGAGAAACAGGAGGCCAAAGAUGAAGAAAAGGAGGAUGACAGUCAAGACACAAAGGAUGGAGAGAUGGGUAGAGAAGAGAGGAACACUGCUCAGAUGGCAGCUGGUCACAGGGACUCUGAGGCAGUGAGGAGGAUUUCUGGAGCCUGGGUGGAGCCUGUUAGAGGAGGACUCAGUCAGUCCAGCCUCAGGGAGGUGGAGGCUUUAGUGGAGCAGCUGCAUGACCUCACCCUGCCUGGCAGCCAGGGGAGCAGCCAGGAACACCAAGAACAAAGUGACUCCCUGAUACAACACAUCCAGGUCUUCUGUUCACACCUGGGGCAGCUCAUCCAGCAGCUGCACACAGUGUUAGAAAAGAUGGAGCUGCUGGCUGCACCCACUGUGGACAUCAACGGUGUGAAGUCGUCUCUGGCUGAGUAUCAGACUUUUCAGGUAGAAGUGAACAGCCAUCAGCCCCUGAUUUCCAGUGUUCUGCAUAGUGGACAGCUUCUGCUCAGCUGCAUCAACACCACAUCUCCACUUUUAAGAGAUACCCUGCUGAUGAUUGAAAGACAGUCUGAAGCUCUGCAGACCUACACUGAACACUUGUUCUCUUCCAUCCUGUUUGCCAUGGACAGCCUGACCCAACCCAGUAAGCCCAGUCAGCCAAGUCUGGUCCAGCAGAGCAGAGAGGAGGACCUGCGUCCUGUGGGGGCUCAGCAGUCCACUUUAUAAAGAGGAUGCAGGACACGUGAUUUAUUUAACUUAUUUUUGUCUUUGUUUUCUUACUUACUUCCAUCAGUUCUGCUUUUUAAUACAAGGUUUGCAUUAGAGUUCAUAAGAAGCACAGUCUACUUUUUUCAUAUGUCUAUCAGGUGGCUAUGAAUGGCAGAACAUCCUGAAGAUUCAAAUUGAAAACAUCUGGGACAAGUUUAGUGUCUAAAGUGAAGUGAUCACAGUGAAUAAUACAGGAUGGCAAAAUACUAUGUCUAUAAUGUGUUGUUAUAUUUGUUUUUUAUGUCAUAAUAUUAUACUACUUUUUCUACUUGUACUUACUGUCACUGUUACAUUUUUCAAGCCUUAACCCUCCUCCGAUCAUUGGUAAUACAUAAUACUAUAUCAUCACGAUGCAGUGAGGUAAUGUUAAUACAAAUGCCGAAUCAUUUCAUAGAAGAAAUUCUCACUGUGGCUGAAAGUGGAGUGUCACAGAGAAGAAACUAAAACAUAAUGCCAAGAGCUUUGUGCUGGUUCAGAGCUCCACAAGAAUAACCAGCAGUAACUGAUCUUUCAUCUUUCAACAUUCAAUUUGUGACUAAAUGAUAAGUUUGACAUUUGAAGACAAAUCUGUCUAAUAGCAUUUUGUUGUACUAUACUGUAGGACAUGGCAACUUGCACUAUGAUCUGAAUUUCUUACAUGGUCUUACAGCUUUAACAAAGUAAUCACACAGUAUAGGACAGGUGGGCCAACUACACCCAACAAUUACUUUUAUGUGUGAAGGACGAAAAUCAUUUCUGGUGCUCAUAAUGUGGAAAGUUGCAGGGGGGGGGGGUCAUUUGGGGCAACUACCCCUGUUAAAAAGCUCGAACAUUUCACUAUACUGUUACCAACUGUUAUCAAAGUUACUGAAUAAACUUGGUUGUGGUUUGGUUCUCUUUGUGUGUACAUGUAGAGGAAAGUGGAGGGGUUGCUGCACUAACAGCUCAAUCAGGACAGACUAGUCUAUGAUUUCAAAGGCUCUGGCAUACACAGCAUUUUGGCUUAAUGGCCUAUUAUGAGGGAAAACAGCUGCUGAUGUUUCCAAAUGGAGCCUUGAUACUGGUGGUCUUGUGGACUGAGGAUGUUGUCAUUGACUUGAGGCUGAAAGUCAAGUCCACUCACUCUUAUCGAUAUAGCACCAAAUCAUAACACAACUUUUUAUCUCAGAAUAGCUUUCAUAUAGAGCAGGUGUAGACCAUACAGUCUACAAAAUACAGCAGGGGGAAACAAGUGGGUUUGGCCUCAGGCUUAUUUUUUCCUAAGCCAUUAAAUGGUGGACCAGAACAUCAUAAAGUGAGGUGUGCCUGAGUCUUUGUUUUGUGCUGAAUUAAGGAAUACAAGAGUAGUGAUGCAUAAUCUGGCUAGUGUCUUUAUUUACCAACAAAAUAAAAGAAGAUGUGGAUUGGCCCAUUAAUGGCCCAUUUGAAUCAUGAAAUUCUCUUAACGAAGUCUCUUUUAUUUCCUCUUUCCAUAUUGUAAAUAAUAAAUGUGUAUCAUUUUCAUUUUUA